AGAACACCAAUUCCCAUCAUGCAAAUUCACUUUUUCCCUCGAAAUUGUCCCGUCUGCCGUAUCACGAAAUGGGAAAAUGAGAGCUGCGAAAGGAGUAACCAGGCAGAUGAAAUUGAACAUAAGUUAACGUGCACAUAGACACAUUAAAUAUGGAACAGUACCGCAGUUGUAUUACGACGGUUCGUUAUGACAUAGAAGUUUUACGGUGUUCUGUCUUUCUUCGUUUUUGUUGUUAGCUACAUGGACGUUGAACUAGCUGGCUAACGUUAGCCACCUCCCUGUCGCGAGCAACGCCGGGGUGGAUAUCUUCGUUUAGGCUUCAGCUCAUCACCGUACUGCAGUAUGUUACAGUGGCUAAAAAGAGGGCCAGGACUCGGUUAUAGCAUUUGAGCGUUACCGCUGUGCAAAAACAGCGUCAGUUCAAACCAUUGGUCAAAAAUGCACAACCCUUUGCAAGCUAUAAUUAAUUCCAUAUUCUAUGCAAGUUAGCCAGCCAGCUUAGUCAGUAGUUAAUAUGAUGGUGCAGUACAGAAAUUAAUUGCAAGUAACGUUUCAGUGCCCGUGGUACAGUGCUGCCGUUGUAUUCCCGAAAAGUUUCCAACUUGGGGAUCAUACAAGGCAGCAUGGAGCGAGGAGACACCAUGGAGCGAGGAGACACCAUGGAGCGAGCUGGCAGCAUCCAACUGGACAUCCCUGACUUCAGCAACUCUGUGCUGUCCCACCUGAACCAGCUGCGUAUGCAGGGGCGGCUGUGCGACAUUGUGGUGAACGUGCAGGGCCAGAGCUUCCGUGCUCACAAGGUGGUGCUGGCUGCCAGUUCCCCUUACUUUCGAGACCACAUGUCACUGAGCCAGAUGAGCACCGUAUCCCUGUCAGUCAUCCGCAAUCCCUCUGUGUUCGAGCAGCUCCUCUCCUUCUGCUACACCGGGAGGCUGUGCAUGCAGCUGGCAGACAUCAUCAGCUACCUGACAGCUGCCAGCUUCCUGCAGAUGCAACACAUCAUCGACCGCUGCACCCAGAUCCUGGAGGGCAUCCAUCUGAAGAUCAGCCUGGCGGAUGUGGAGGAGGAACUGGGGGCUGGAGUGAGGCACAGGGGGGCUGGGAGCUUGGAGGCCAGAAGAGGAGGAGGGGGGUUAGGAACAUCAGGGGGCUCGCGCUCCCUUAGCCCGCGCCACAGCAGCCCCAGGGUUCUGGGCCUUCGAGGAAGCAGUGCUGGAGGGGCCUUGGAUAUCCGGGAGGUGGGAAGCCCAGCGGGGGAGUCCAUGAGCCCCCAGAUGGUGGAGCACAGCGGGCUGGGCCCAGAGGGGCUGGCUAGGGGGGUGGUAGUGGGCAGCAGGCUGGGGAAGGAGCCCAUACUGCGCAUCAAUCGGGCUGGCCAGUGGUAUGUGGAGGCCGAGUCAGAGAGAGGGAGUGGUGGUGAAGAGGGGGAGUCAGUGCGGGUGGUGGACGGGUUGAGGAUAAAGACUGAGAGGUUGGAGGAGUGGAUGGGGGCCGAUACCCAGGAGGAAGGGAGUGGGGCGGAGGAGGGAGCAGCCAUGAUGAUCGACACGUCCGGGCGCAGCUCAUUGGUGCAGGAGGGUAUUGUCACGGGGGCCAAAAGCUCUCAGCCCUCCAGCAGCUUCAGUGAGACAGAGAGGUUUAGUCCUACUGGCAGUGUGGUGGUGAUGGCCGAGAGACAGAGAGCCAAAAGUGAGUCACCCAGCAGAGCGGACAACCAGCGCCACACCAGCUCACAGGGGGAGGAGCAGGCCGUGUUCGACAUGGGUGGUUACGAGGAGUACCUGCGUGAGCAGGUGGGUGACCGCUGGUUCCGCUACAACCCUCGGCUCACCUGCAUCUACUGCUGCAAGUCCUUCAACCAGAAGGGCAGCCUGGACCGCCACAUGCGGCUGCACAUGGGCAUCACACCUUUCGUUUGUCGCAUCUGCGGCAAGAAGUACACCCGCAAGGACCAGCUGGAGUACCACAUUCGCAAGCACACAGGAAACAAGCCCUUCCAUUGCCACGUCUGCGGCAAAAGCUUCCCCUUCCAGGCCAUCCUCAACCAGCACUUCCGCAAGAACCACCCGGGCUGCGCCCCUCAAGAGGUGGCCCACAGUGCCUCCCCAGAGACCACCACCGUCUCCUCACGGGGGGGCCAGAACGAGGAGGAGUCGCCCAGCCAGGAGGAGCCAGAGGGGGGUAGCAAUGGAGGAGGGGCCUCUUUUGGAGAGGGUGCCCAGGCCUCGGUCUCCACCACUGGGCCUGAUUGACUCAGUGGACCAUGGAGAGAGAUGGUUGGGGUAUGGGAGA